UCACUCACCUAUGCCUAACUUUACGAUUGGAAUCAAUUCUAGUGGAAAGUAAUACCCCACGAUUUAACCCAAACUUACUUCCUCAAAAACGUUGGUACUGAACGCUGGUUGAGCAUUCAAGAAGACGGGGGGUUUGGAUCCUCUGUCACGGGUGUGGACGGGGAGGUAGGUGCUGUGCACUGGGAUUUAAGACAGGGGGAAUCGGAAGGGGAGUUUUAUAUUCAACACGGUGGGGGGCUUUUGGGCGUCGCGCAGUUGGAUGGCGGAAGUGGAAAUGAUAACACUAUGGUCCAGCUUGAUAGACGAAUGAACAUUGGAAAUGCCUCCGUUUCAUAUGAUACAUGGACAUUUGAGCCGGCAGAGGAAGAUGUGGAUCCCACCGUUUUGCAAGAUCUUCCUUAUGGUGGAUCUCUGAAAACAGGAACGUACAAGAUCCGAAACGUCGAAACGAGGGCCCUUUUGACUCAAGAUGAAACGUUCCCUCCAUCCCCUUCCAAGCCUCAUUGUUCAAGCCCUUUGUUGAAUUGUUCAAAGGAGCUUUCGGGUGAGAGGAGUAAGUUCCAGCAGUGGAGAGUGUUUUUUAUCAAGGGGGCACAGCACACGGAUUUUAUCGCUUCCAAUCAGGUUUGCCCUUGGAUUGUAUUACAUGGUGAAGAAACGGGCGAGUUCAUAUUGUACGCCUCAGGUUCAGAUCAGGUGGUAUCAACGUCUGAUGAACCACAGGCUGGGAGUCUGUGCGUGACGACCAGGCUUUACAGUGGUCCGGGUAGGCAACGCUGGAUCUUUGAACCUGUGGAUCCGAAGGGGUCAGAUCUGCAAGAUCCGAACACUCCAAAUUACCCUUCACUAUUUUCACUCCUGAACCUUCGAUAGCGGUAACGACCGCUCGUCUGGUUGCGACUAAAAGAGAAUGGUCGACCUUUCAUGUAUAUUAGUCUGAAUGAACCUGGUUUGGUUUG